CUCAAAUUUUUGCUGACUGACAUUCGAAAUAUUUUUAUUCGGAGUAUAAUAUUGGUGAUGGCAGUUUAAUCGUUUCUUCAAUUGAAUAAUUUUGCUUUAAGUUGUGGAUUGUUCUUUAAAUCCUUAAUCACGGGUUAAAAGAGUAAGAAAAGUGAACAAAUGUAAAUUAGAUAUAAUUGCAUAGUAAAUUCAACGAAUUUAUGUUUGAAAUUCGCUUAAAAUACCUGAAGAACGUUUGCGGAAUUACACAAACAAAGAAAAAACUAUUUCGAACAGACGGAAGCGCGAGAAACCCAAAAGGUUGUAUAGUCGUUUUUUUAUUGAGACCUUACACUAGGUUUAGUUGCAAUCGUGUACAUUUUGUGAUCACCAAUGCAGUCUUGUCAAACAGAAAAAGGGCAGUGAGGGUGUAAAAUUGAUUUUCCCUUAGUAUAUGGUAGCACAGUCGGCCGUAGCUCUGCACUCAUUUUUAAGCCAUAAGUUGCCAAGUGACGCUCCAAAACACGAAGCAGCUCGUUCUAUUAACUCAACAUAAACGCUACAACAACAACAAAUCACUCUUGAUGCAUGCUAUUUCUCUAUGAAUUAGUUAUUGCCGCUCUUUAUUGUCUAAGCUAAAGUAAUCACCUAAGAUACUUAAACAAUUUUCCAACACUUGCAUCCUCCGAACAACGGUAUUUUAAAUGUCACAACAUUUGAAAAAGAAUUCGCCUACUAGCCGAAAUCGUAAGCAACAACAACAUCAAACACAAAAUGCAGACAGUGUAAAACAAAAAGCAAAUGCCUCAGGCAACCAAUUAACUGCCAAUAGAAAGUCGAAUGGCGGUGUACCUUGGUCCAGUAACAGCGCCUCUACGCCUAGUGGUAGCAUCACGUCAUCCGUGUCGGCACCCGCACUUAUGCGUAAAAAAUCACAAACCAAACUGCAAAAGGAGAAAGAACGCGCGGAACGUGAGACGCUAGUGCUAUGGCGUCGACCAGUUCAGACUGUGAGGUAUUGUGGCCUCGAGUUAGUGACGCUAGCGCAGACUUCGGGCAAGCGUUUACUACAACAACGUGGUUUGCUUGCGGCACUCCUAGUUUUAGGUACUAUAUUUAGUUUUAUUUAUUAUUUACCGGGUCCACAUCAGCUGGUUUUGGAUGUGGUACGCCGCAAUACUUGGUUUUUCAUCUACUGGACCGGUUUGGGUGUACUCUCCUCGGUGGGCCUGGGAACGGGACUGCAUACGUUUUUGUUGUAUCUGGGACCACAUAUAGCUAGUGUAACGCUUGCUGCAUAUGAAUGCAAUUCGUUAAAUUUUCCGCGACCCCCAUAUCCCGAUGAUAUUAUCUGCCCGGAGGAGCCAUAUGCAAAGAAAGUGCCAAAUCUUUGGAUGAUUAUGAGUAAAGUACGUAUGGAAGCUUUCCUUUGGGGUGCGGGCACCGCUUUGGGAGAACUGCCACCUUAUUUCAUGGCAAAGGCAGCACGCCUUUCUGGCUAUGAUCCCGACGAUGCCGAGGAGUUAGCUGAAUUCGAGGCGUUGAAAGCCAAACGUAAUCAAAAGAAUUUAAGUUUAAUGGAUAAGGGCAAAUUAUUUAUGGAACGUGUUGUAGAACGUGUUGGCUUUUUGGGCAUUUUAGCAUGUGCAAGUAUUCCCAAUCCGUUAUUUGACUUAGCCGGCAUUACAUGCGGUCACUUUUUGGUGCCAUUCUGGACUUUCUUCGGUGCUACGCUUAUUGGCAAGGCCAUUAUCAAAAUGCACAUACAAAAAGUUUUUGUUAUUAUUGCUUUCAAUGAGGCGCUUAUUGAACGUGCUGUUGAUGUGCUUGGCAAGUUACCCAUAUUGGGUAAGAAACUACAGGAGCCGUUUAAAGGCUUCCUUAACAAUCAGAAGAAGCACUUGCACCGCGAACGUCAACCGGCGGCUGAGUCUGGUAACUUAUUGUCAAAGGUGUUUGAGACGUUCGUCAUCUGUAUGGUUUGCUACUUCAUAAUCUCGAUUGUUAACUCAUUGGCGCAAAGUUACCACAAGCGUUUGCAUAAGAAACAUGUGAAAAAAGUGAAGAAACCGAUAGCAAAGGAUUAGGUAGAACCGAAGUAGAUGUAAAAACAGGCUGCAGUUUGUGGGCGGUGGUUGUAGUGUCGUUUGGAAGAGCAUGGAAAGCGUAAAAAAUAAAAGGAGUAGUGGAAAUGACUGAAUUAUUUUGGCAUUGUGUUGUUAGCGUUGAAAGCGGUGGGUGCGGCGCCCAUUACUUGCAUUAACAAUACAAUAUUCUAUACAAAUUGACUAUAUGCCCACUAAUGUUGUGUUUAGCUAAAUUCCUUAUUAAGAUAAGAUGAGCAAUCAUCGUUAUGAAUUGAAUUAUAACAAAAAAAAAUAAUAUAAGACAUCAUCAGCGCAAAUGACUGCCGACAAAAAAGUUCAAGGUGGUGCCGUUGAUGAAUUAGUUAAUUUUUUUUUAUGUGAAUGCUGUUUUACUAUAAAUUUUACAAUGUGGUUUAAGUUUAUCGCAAUAACAGCAGAAUUUCAGCAGUUAUGUAGCCUUAUGCUAAUUAAGUCAUAAGCAGCUAGUCCUAAUUUGUAUGUGUGCGUGUACAAAAAAUAUAGGAAAAGUACGUCUCAUAAUGAAAUUCAAUUAAUUUCACAUCAAAUUACACAUAUGUAUAGGUAUGUCUAAGAAUAUAUGAGUGUGUAUUGUGUGCAUUUAUUUUAAUGUAAAUGAAAUUUAUUUUCGUGUACCAAAAUAUAGCGGAGCAAGGACAAAUAGAAAGUAGUAUAGAAAAGCAAGUAGUGUGGAGAAAAAAGAAAGGAGUAAAUAAAAAUUACAGUUAUAUGUAGUCGCGUUGCAGUUGUAUUCUAGCAUUAGUUGCGUGAUAAAAAAUUUUAAUUAAUAAAAACUAAAUUAAAUUAAAGUAAUACUAAGCGUUAAGUAAAGUAAUCGGCCAAAAUGCAAAUGGAAAAUAACAACAAGCAUUAAAUAUUAUAAAGAUAUAAAUUUAAUAAAAAUCCAUUAUGAUAAGCUUAAAACAUUCAUUGAAGUGAAAAUGAAAAGACAUUUGUGUAAAAAACGGGUUUAAAACAAGAUUUCGAAACAGACCGUUGUGCGCCAUUAAUGGCUUUAGCAAAAAUUGUAUGAACAAAAAAAUUAACAAUACGAAAUAUUUAACAUUAAAAAAUUUAAAU